AUGUUUGAAUUGAAAUCCCUUGUGAGACCAAAUAUCCUAACUCUUGAGCCUUAUAGAUGUGCCAGAGAUGACUUUAAAACGGGUAUUUUGCUCGAUGCAAAUGAAAAUACUCAUGGCCCUGCGUUGAAAGAUGUUUCUAGUGAAGAAGAAACCUUGGAAUUAAAUAGAUAUCCAGACCCACACCAAGUUGACUUAAAGGAACAAAUUAUCAAUAUUCGUAAUGAAAGACCAAAUAAAUUUUUGAAAGAAUUUAAUCAAGAUAAGUUGACACCUGAGAAUUUGUGCCUAGGUGUUGGCUCAGAUGAAAGCAUUGAUUUAUUAUUACGUUGUGUUUGCGUUCCAGGUAAAGAUAAGUUACUAAUCUGCCCACCAACAUAUGGUAUGUACUCAAUUUGUGCUACCGUCAAUGAUGUGGCAAUCACAGAAGUUCCAUUAAAGUAUCCAAGCUUUCAGAUAGAUUUGGAUGGUAUUAUUAAUAAGGUUACUAAUGAUAGCUCAAUUAAGCUAGUUUACUUAACAUCGCCUGGUAAUCCUACUGGUAAGUUGUUGAAAGUUUCAGAUGUAAUUCAAUUGUUAGAAUCUGCUGCAUCAAAGUGGAAUGGUUUGAUUGUUGUAGAUGAAGCAUAUAUUGAUUUUACUGAAUCUGGAGCUGAUGCUUCUAGUGAAUCCAUGAGUACUUUGGUUAACCAAUAUCCAAACUUGGUUGUUUUACAAACAUUAUCAAAGUCAUUUGGUUUAGCGGGUAUUAGAUUGGGUAUAACUUAUGCAAAUCCAGACUUGUCCAAGUACUUAAACGCUAUGAAAUAUCCUUACAACAUUUCAUCGUUAACCUCGAAUGUUGCAUUAAGAGCAACUUCUGCUGACAGUGGGUUAAAAGUUAUGUCCAAAUAUGUAUCGUCUAUAAUCUCUGAGAGAAGCUUCUUGAUAAACGAGUUACAAAAAAUAGAUGGUGUGGGUAGAAAUAUUGGCGGAUUAGACUCAAAUUUUGUCUUAAUUGAAAUAUUAAACAAAGAUAAGAAACCUUCCAAUGAAAUUGCGAAGGCUUUAUAUAAUAAGCUAGCAGUGUCCAAUGAGGUUGUUGUUAGAUUCAGAGGAAAUGAACCAAAUUGUACUGGAGCCUUAAGAAUCUCCGUGGGUACUGCAGAAGAAAAUAAAAUUUUGCUUGAAAAAUUACAGAAAUGUUUGCAAGAGGUCUAUAAAGAAUCCUCUUAG